UUAGUACCGUUUCGAACGUUAGCGGCUGCCGAUGUAAGCCACAUUGCAUCUUUUUUGGCUUGCAAAAGUGAUCGCGAUCGUGAACUUUUUUUUUCUUUCUUUCACCCCUCUGUGAUUGAGAAGCCCCAUUAAGGAGAAAGUGUGUGGUGAACGAGGGAGAAGAUGUGGCCAACACCCACGAGUCCCUUCAAGGGCCGGGGAAAGAACACACAACAAUCAUCGGCAGUCUUCAUUAUCCUUGUAAUCCUCCAGAUUGUAUCCUCUGUGAGCGCUCAUAAGAGAGAAUGCGAUUGCAAAGGGCUAAAGGGGACAAUGGGGCAAAUGGGAACUCCGGGUUUGCCAGGUCAGGAGGGUCCUCAUGGAGAUGUAGGCCCUAUGGGACCAACAGGACGACCAGGAGACUAUGGUGAUAAUGGAGAGCAUGGAAUGCUUGGCGAGAAAGGCUUCAGGGGUGAAAAAGGUAUGCCGGGAUACUUUGGUAUUCCUGGCUACAAUGGAACUCAGGGAGAAGGUGGAGAUCGUGGGCCACGGGGAUUAGAUGGAUGCAAUGGAACUGAAGGCACCAUGGGUAGCCCAGGAAUGCCAGGAAGACCAGGUGUACGUGGCCCACCGGGUUAUGAUGGAGCACCUGGGCCAAGGGGUGAUGCCGGAGAGGGUGGCAUUAAUUCCAAAGGCACCAAAGGUGAUCGUGGUGAUUCCGGUGCCGAUGGACGACCAGGAGAUCGUGGGUAUCCCGGUGAAAUUGGCAUGAAGGGUUACCAAGGAAUGCCAGGAUUUGAUGGCGUUCCUGGUGGAAUGGGCGAUAAAGGUGAACGUGGAGAAGAUUUUCAAAUAGAUAUGAGAAUGGUGGAAGGUGAUCGAGGACCACCAGGGGAGACAGGAGAUAAAGGAGACAGUCUCAUACCACCAUUAACUUCGAAGAAUGAAACUGUAACAAAGGGAAUUAUAGGGGAGAAAGGUGAAAAGGGCUAUAUGGGUGAUUUUGGUCCAAGGGGUAGUGAGGGGCGUCAAGGAUGGCCAGGUGAGCCAGGUCUCAAGGGCUACCGUGGUGAGGAAGGAGAAAUAGGAGAUCGUGGCAAGAGUGGCAAGGAUGGGCCACCAGGACCAUCUGGCGAGAAGGGACACAAAGGAGCCCCAGGAUAUGCCGGCUAUGAUGGAGCUGAUGGUUUGAAAGGUGAACCCGGAGAGCCAGGGCAUUAUGGUCUUCCGGGUGUUCAGGGUCCUCCAGGACCAAAGGGUAUUUACGAUCCGAAUCUCGAUGAACGACUACCAGGACCUCAAGGUCCACAGGGAGAAAUGGGGCAGAUUGGUGAACGUGGAAUGAAUGGAAUCCCAGGAGAGCCAGGCCGUAGGGGACUAACAGGUCUUCCUGGCCCACCUGGUGAUCCUGGAAUGCCAGGACCUCGAGGGAAAAAGGGAACUUCCAUAAAAGGUCAACAGGGUGAUUUUGGUGAAAGUGGGCCACCAGGGCCAAUAGGUCCUCCUGGUGAAGCUGGCCCUCCUGGUCGAUUAGGAUUAAAAGGAUUUCCCGGACGAAAUACAUACGGCCCGAAAGGCCUCCCCGGAAAUAAUGGGCAUGAUGGACAACAUGGAUAUCAGGGUGAUCGUGGUGAACCUGGAUUACCUGGCCCAAAGGGUCUUCCGGGAAUAGGUGUCAAUGUCACGGGCCCCCCAGGAGUACCUGGGCUUCCAGGAAGACGUGGAGUUCCAGGAGAUGAUGGCUAUGACGGUGUUCCCGGACCAAAGGGUGACAAAGGUCCUCGUGGAGAUGACUGCGGUCGUUGUAGCCCUGGUGCUCCUGGUUUGAAGGGUCUCAAAGGUGAUUCUGGACGUCCUGGCUUUCCCGGAAUGUACGGACGAAAGGGUUUCGUUGGGCCACGAGGAGAUCGCGGCAUAAUGGGUUUUCCUGGCUUGAAGGGACGUAAAGGAGUCGACGGGCCAUCCGGAAGCCCCGGUGAAACUGGAAGAGUUGGCCCAAAGGGUCGUCCUGGUGAGCUCAUAUUUGAAGGCAAUGUAGUUAAACCCGAUCAAGGUGAUCAGGGUGAUGAAGGAUAUCCCGGAGACGUUGGAAAACCCGGAAGGCCAGGAGAAGUUGGACUUCCCGGAAAGUUUGGAGCUCGCGGCGAAAAAGGUCUACAAGGACUCGAUGGAAUACCCGGAAUUCCCGGCAGAGAUGGCGCACCAGGACGUGAUGGACGAGAUGGACUUCCAGGAGAAAAUGCUAAUGUUCCCAUCUAUUUCCUCCAAGGAGAUCGUGGACUGGAUGGUGCCUGGGGUCAAAAAGGUGAUCAAGGUGUUCCAGGUCCAAGAGGUGAAGACGGUGACAUCCCAGCUUUGAAUGUAACAGAAGCAAAAGGAGAUAGAGGCUUACCGGGAGACAUUGGAGAACAGGGAUUAGACGGAAGGAAAGGCUGGGAUGGAUCUGUAGGACCUAUAGGUGUUCCAGGUAGGGAUGGAGACAUGGGCCCCGCGGGGGUAACAAUUCAAGGCCCUGAGGGAUUCAAGGGCUAUCCAGGAAUAAUUGGAGAUAUGGGACCAUCUGGAGAGCCUGGACUGCCUGGUAUUGAUGGGGAACCCGGAGAACCUGGUUUGGAGGGAAUGAAAGGAAGUAGAGGAGAAGCCGGAAGAGCAAUUCUCUUCGGAGAAAUGGGAUUUGAUGGAGAAGUUGGACCCAAAGGAAUUCCCGGUGAUGCAGGAUUUCCAGGUUUAUCUGGCAAUCGUGGCUUCCAAGGAGAUAAAGGCGCAAAAGGCAUAAAGGGAGAUGAUGGUCUAAUGGGAAUUCCCGGAAUCCCAGGAGUUCGUGGACAACGCGGUGAUAUAAUAUUCGGCAGAAGAGGUCCUCCUGGAUUACCAGGUCGCGACGGUUUACCCGCAUCGUAUGGGGAUAAAGGAGCUAGAGGAGAUCCAGGAUAUCAGGGAGCUAUUGGUAUUUUUGGUGCUAAAGGUGAUAUUGGUUUACCUGGAUUUUCUGGAAUGCCCGGAGAUGCUGGCCCACCAGGUGAGCCUGGCUUUGUUGGUAUUCCUGGAUAUCGUGGUUUAGAUGGUGAGCCAGGAGAGAGAGGUGAUCAAGGAGUACCCGGUAGAUUUGGCUACCCAGGCCGGCCAGGAAGUAUUGGAUUACAUGGGCCCAAAGGUCCUGUUGGUGAUCAAGGGCCACAAGGAGCUCCAGGACGUCCUGGAAGAGAUGGUGCAAAGGGUUUCAGAGGUGAUUUCGGUUUAAUGGGCUUACGUGGGCAAAGGGGUGAACCUGCAUUUAGUGGUGUGAAGGGUGAAGUGGGCGUUCAAGGAUUACAAGGACUCCCUGGAAUCCCUGGUCGUGUAGGAGCACCUGGGCUAAAAGGUGCAGAAGGUGAUGCAGGAGAAGUUUUCGAUGGAUAUCCAGGAGAGAAGGGUAUUCCCGGAGAUCAGGGUAGAGAUGGAAGAGAUGGAUAUUUUGGGCUGAAAGGAGAAAGAGGAGACACCGGAGAUAUUGGACUAAUUGGUGAAACAGGUGAAAUGGGACUUCCAGGAAGACCAGGCUUACGGGGAAUUGAUGGCAGGAAAGGCAUACCCGGAUUGUAUGGUACAGUUGGACUUCAUGGCGCCAAAGGUGAAAGUGGAGAUGUUGGAGAUAUGGGAUUCCCAGGAUUGGUUGGAUUACCGGGAGAUGUUGGAGAUCCUGGGCCACCAGGUCUAUUUGGAUUGCCUGGAGAGAGGGGUGAUAAAGGUUUCCCGGGUAUUCCUGGUAUAGUUACACCACGUCCUGCUCAGAAGGGUGAUCGAGGUGAUCGUGGCCCCCACGGACAGACUGGGCCCAAAGGUGAACCGGGUAUUAAAGGACUUCCCGGAUUCCCUGGUCGAAAGGGUGCAAUGGGAGACUUUGGUGAACAAGGCUAUCCCGGUCCCGAUGGUUUCGUUGGGCGGAAAGGUAUCAUGGGAGAUAAAGGAUUGAGAGGUCUACGUGGUAUGGUUGGUGCAUUCAUUGAACCCGGAGAGCCAGGUCUUGCAGGAAUUGAUGGCUUCCCCGGGAGGCCUGGACAAGUAGGCCCGAAAGGCGUUCCUGGAGAUUAUGGUGAUAAUGGGCCACCAGGAGCUGUUGGUCUUCCCGGUGAAAGCUUUGACGGCAUAAAGGGUGUCUCAGGAGAUUUUGGCUUCCAAGGCCCCCCAGGACGUCCAGGAUUGCCAGGACUUCGAGGUGCAAUGGGAUAUCGCGGUGAUACUGGAUUCAAGGGAAUUCAAGGAGAUAUUGGAUUCAGUAUUCCGGGAAGACGAGGAGAACCGGGGGAUCAAGGUCUUGCAGGGCCACCUGGUUAUGAUGGAGCUAAAGGAAUUCCCGGAUCACCCGGCUUACCUGGCCGUGCAGGUCCACGUGGCCCUACAGGUCCUCGGGGUCUUGAAGGUGACUCCGGAUGGAAUGGUGUUGAUGGGGAUGACGGUAUUCCUGGACUACGAGGAGAUCGAGGUGAUUCCUUCAGGUACGAACUCGCAAUUGCCGGAGAACCUGGAUUUGAUGGCUUCCCAGGGCGGAAGGGAUUGCAAGGAGAUAUGGGAGAUAUGGGUCCGACUGGCUUCAUUGGCCUCCGGGGUCUCAAAGGGAUGAUGGGUGAUCAAGGAAUCCCUGGAUUAGUUGGAUUCGAUGGCAUUAAAGGUGAACGAGGUCUUCCGGGGCCACGCGGUCUCAAUGGGCUCGAUGGAUACCGUGGCCCUGCAGGUGAAGUUGGUGAUCCAGCCCCACCACCACCACCUGGAAGAUCUCGCGGUUUUGUCUUCACGCGUCACUCCCAAUCUGUGCACAUUCCGGACUGCACGGCAAACACCAUUAAGCUUUGGGAUGGGUACUCCUUGGCCAGUGUUAUUGGUGGUGGACAGACAGCUGGGCAAGAUUUGGGAUCAGCAGGAUCAUGCCUAAGGAAAUUCUCAACGAUGCCCUUCCUCUUCUGCGACGUUAACAAUGUCUGCAACUACGCCCAGAACAAUGAUGACAGCAUGUGGUUGGCUACUGGUGAGCCAAUGACCUUCUCCAUGGCACCCAUUCCAUCGCGAGAAGUUGAGAAGUACAUCUCCAGGUGUUCUGUGUGUGAAAGCCGAACGAGAGUUAUUGCAAUUCACAGCCAGUCUAUGACCAUACCAAACUGCCCGAAUGGAUGGGAAGAACUUUGGCUGGGCUAUAGUUACUUCAUGUACACUUCCGACAAUACUGGAGGCUAUGGUCAGGAUCUUCUAUCUCCUGGCUCAUGCUUGGAGGAAUUCCGGCAGAUGCCAGUGAUUGAAUGCCACGGCCAUGGACGAUGCAACUACUACGACCAAUUGAUGUCCUUCUGGCUCACAGUGAUUGAAGAUGGCAAUAUGUUCAAGAAACCUGUCCAGCAAACCAUUAAGAUGGAUCAGUCUUCCAAAGUCAGCAGGUGCACCGUUUGUCGCAAAAUUGAUCUAUCUCCACGUGCCCGCCCAGCAGAAUUCCCUGAUGCCUCAGCCCUUCUGAGGCCAGAAGAGAGGGUACGUCCACCGAUUCAGCCACCUCCUCGUCGGCAUCGCUUCCGACGUCCCGGUGCAAAUCGAAGACCGUGGAGACCCCAGCAAAAUUAGCAAUAUAUUAAAAAAAAGAAAAGAAAAAUGAUUAAAGAAUAAAAUUAAAUUCUAAUUCUUACUUAAAAAAAAAUUAACACCCCUCCUUCCCAAAAAUCACGAAUCCGUGACCAUUGCGAAAGUGAUAAAAAAACCCAUUGAAACCAAAAAUAAAGAAGAGGUGAAGCUGUUCUCUGUUGAUUAAUAAGCUUAAUGUGUAUGUAUAUAAAACAAUUAAUUUUUACUUUCCCUUCGCUUUGAGUCAAUUCUACAUAUUAUAUAUUUUCACUGCCUAUCAUAAAGCGAGUGGUAGAAGAAAUCGUCAAGAAAGAAAUUGAAUUGUAUAAUCCAUUCUGUGUAAGAAUAAAAAUUAAAAAUUUAUAAUUUUUCAAUAAAGAAAGAUAAAUAUUUUAA